GUGUUGUUGAGUGCAUUGAACGUGAACUCGAGUGCACAUCAAGUUAUCUAAGUGAAGUUAGGCUUUAAACAGCGUCAAAGAUGCUCCAUCAAGCACGUUGGUUGAUGCUGCUCAUCGCAGCAGCCCUCGCAUUGCAGUCACGAGGUGAAGGCGGGAUUAGGCUACCAGACCAACCGCCCAAGGAAGAAACCCAGGGGAGAUCGUUGAGCUUCGGUGCUGAUGACAGGGGACGAUCGCCUCAAGCUCAAGGUCGUGGCUUCCUCGACUGGCUCGGUUUUGGUGAGGACCAGGACCCAUACAUCCAGCAGGCCACGCAGCAAUGCAUCAACGGUGACCUGGCCGACUGCUUCAAAGCUCAAGCGUUGAGGUCCUUCGACGACUUCUUCGAUAAACAAGCGUAUUCGCUUUCUGAAAACGCAGUCCUGGUUAAAGUGGAGCAACAGGCGAGAGCCCUGGUGCACGAGCCGCCGACCCUCAGCUCGCAACCACGCAGUGAGGACUCCGACUGGGACUCUCUGGUCAAGUACGGCAUGAGGAAGAUAGAGAGAUUUUUACGGUCUACUGCUCUAGAAUUCCAACUGGACGAUGAAGUCACAUCCAAUGGAAUCAUUGCCCCAAGAUUCAUUGACGAAAUCGCUGAUGAGGUUGAUAUCAUUGAAGACAAGAAAGCACCACCUUUCCGUCGCCAUAAACUGAAGAAGCUGAUCAUUCCUAUGUUGCUGAUUCUGAAACUGUUCAAGCUGAAGCUUCUGCUUUUCUUGCCCCUCAUUCUGGGCUUGGCCAGCUUCAAGAAGUUCCUCGGAUUCAUGGCACUGAUCGUUCCAGGAGUGAUCGGUUACUUCAAAUUCUGCAAGCCCAAUCUGAGUUCCCCGUUCUCAUCGAGUCACUACAGCGGCCCUCAGUACUCACCCGCCGGAAUUGGACUGGGACCAUAUAGGGAACAUCCUCCGGCGCAGUAUACCCAUUAUGAUGGCUACGGCAACGGUGGUCACAAAUAUGGCUCUGGAGGUAUCUCAUUCAGGGAGCAUGAUGUUAGCCCUCAAGACCUGGCAUACCAGGGUUGGGAGUACAGAAACCAGAAGAACGGCGACGACAUAAAAGCAGGCGAAGCAUAAGACUGAACUUUUUACAAUGUAACAAUAUAGUUAUGAAUUUAUUAUGAAUACUCCUGAUUAUUGUGACAAUUGUGCUUUCAAAAAUAUCAUCAACCUCUCAUCGCACAGUAAAAAUGAAAGAAAUAAGUUCUUGAAUAUAUUAGAAAAUAAUUAUCAGCAUGAAUAGCUUGAAUAUCUGGAAGACUGUUCAAACGAUGUUAUAGUCAAAUUCUACAAUAUUGUCUACAUAUUGUAUAAGUCAUUAGCAUCUUGUCUUAUUUAGCGACAAUAGUAUUAUUACAAAAGCAUAAAUGUAGUCGGGGUUUGUUACAAUGAAUGUUGUUAUUAAUUUAUUUAUAAUUAGUCCAUAUUUUGCCAUGCUCCCUACAGAUAAGUAUGUCUUGUUGUAUCUUAUUCGGUUUCCCGAAUGAUUUUGUAAAUAGGUAUCCUACAAAAAUGUAAUAAUGUUAAUUUGUAAUUCUUUUUACUUACAUAUUGUGCUAGUUAUUAUACUUUAAAAUAUUUUUAAUUUAUAAACCAAAAUACUUAAUUUUUUAUUUUUUUAUGAAUA